GAAAAAUGAGAGAGAAGAGUAAACCGGGUGAAAAUGUUUUAUUGUGUAUUUUGUCUUGCUUUUUUUGAAGUUUUUUACUCCUUUUUUCCUUCGGCGUUUCCUUCGGCGCUUCUCUCGCAUUUUUCCUGCUACUCUCCUGUUCAUCCGCGGGAUUUUCUUGUAGCGCAUUUUUUUAUUCAGUCGAUGUUCUUGUUUUCUUUUUGUUCUUCUUCUUCUGCAGCAGACAUAUGCAAACACAGAUGUCGGGGUUUUCUGUUGCAUUGUCAAUUUGUACUACCAUUGGUGGGGGGUAGAAAAAUAUGCGAGGAAAUGGGCAUUAUCUAUGUUUUUGUUGUUGUUUUCCACUUAGGACUUGAAUUAAGAAAGCCACAAUGUUGCUACCCUUUCUAGCUAUCCAUUCGAUGUGAUCGUUGAAAGCGAAUUGAAAAGUAUAUUCGGAACUGGUGGUUUUGGUCUCAGAAAGGAAAAAUAGCGAACACUUGGCGACAUUUUCCUCCCCAAUUUUGCAUUGCUGCAAAAAAGUAAACAUUUCCAAAAAAAAGUUUGCUAAGCGCAGGUGGCAGAUGCAAGGUCUCGUUCACGUGCCUGCACAAGAAAAUGGGCCGCAACCAGUCGGCUUGCCAAUAUAUUAUUUUUUCCUUCCCAUUCACUGAUUCAGUGAUUUACUAAGAUC